CUUGUCCGUUCUCUCGCACACAUUGACUGGAAUGUCUGCAGACGAAGAUAUCUCCAAUGAACUGCUUGCACUAGCUGGGGAUGGUGAGGCUGACCAGCCUCGCAAAAAGCGUCGUCAAGCUGGCGCGGAUCGGAACGGUAGGGCCAAAAGACGGAGACCCAACGAUACGACGGAUGAUGAUUUGGAGAGUGAGGAAGAUGCGGUUGAUCUUUAUCCGCUAGAAGGAAAGUACAAGGAUGAGAAGGACCGCGAAACAUUAUUGGAUUUAAAUGAAUUGGAACGUGAAGGAAUUCUCGCUCAGCGUCUUGAAGAGCAGCAGCGACACUUAGAUAGCAUCAAACUUGAGAGGAUGCACAAAAUUGCCAUGGGGCAAGCCACAUCGGAUGAUGAAGAGGCAGUUUCUAAGGCAGCAAAACGUAAGCAUAUUGCUCCUGGAACCAGCAAAACGAAGGCAAAGAAGUUGGACGAGCUCAAGGCCAAGCGUGCUGCACAUGCGGCCAGGGCCAAAAGGGAAGAGUCGCGACGUGCUCUGUCUGAUUCUGGCUCGGGAAGUGAUAUGGAGGAGUCAGAUGAGGAAGAAGAGGGCCAGGUGACCCGAUGGGACGAAGAAGAACAAAAGAGGCAAGGACGGGAUUCCAAGGACGAAAAGGAAAAGAAGCUCGAAAAGGAGGAUCUGGAGAAGGUUCGUCUUGGCCGAGAUCUCAUCGAGAAAUGGUGUUGCAUGCCAAAGUUCGAGGACCUUGUAAAAGAUUGUUGGAUUCGUUUCUUGGUUGGUCCUGGUGACAAAGGGCAAAACGUCUAUCGAGUUUGCCAGAUAGUAGGAUUGACAGCUGAGUCGCCUGUGACGUACAAGAUUCAGGAUACAGUCUUCAAUCAGCAAGCCUUGCUGAAACACGGAAAGUCGACCAAACCCUUCAACAUGGAUCGUAUAUCAAAUAGCCCCUUUACCGAUCGUGAGUUUGAUCGACUCGUGGCACAAUGCAAAACGGAUAAUGUCGAGCUUCCCUCGAGAGCUGACAUUGAAGCCAAAGCAAUCAAAUUAGAGGAAUAUCGUCAUAAGGUGCCUACCGAUCAGGAAAUAACGCAAAUGAUCAAACGCAAAGCCGGCAUGAGCGGUAAAAAGGAUGCACAUCAAGCCAAAGCAGAGAAGUCCAGGCUACAUCAAGAACGCGCACUCGCUCUGGCGCGCCACAAUCUAGCGGAAGUUCAGCGGCUGGAUACACUCACCCUAGCGCAGGAACGAGCAUCGCCUGCUCCAACUGUCAUGGAGGACACCUUCGCGAAGGUGAAUGAGCGGAAUCGCAAAGCCAAUAUCGAACGUAUUCGAAAAGCUGAAGCAGCCGAAGCGGAAGAAAGGAGGCGCCAAGGUGGCUUAAGACCUCCAGUAGUUCGCAAACUGCAUUCCACAGGGAAUACACCUGUGCUCGGCCCUCAAGACACCUCUAAGGAUGCGAUACAACCUUUGGCUUUGGACGGUGGAGGCCUUCUAACACCUCGCGCCAUCACGCCAGCAGGAAGCCCAUCUCCUAGUCCGAAAAAGGCAGUUCCUCGCCUCGAAUCGAAACUGGCUACUAGCAUUGACCUGGAUCUGGGGGAUUUCUGAGAGAGCGCUUUUGGAGCUUGAAAGUUACUGCUCUCCCCUUCUUAUCUGUCCUCGUGUUGUUGGUAGUAGAUUUGUAAACCUCCAAUUCGACGUCUCAACGUGUAACCUUCGUAAUCUCAGAAAAACCAUGUAGAGGGGACAACGCCAACACGCAUUCCCGUCAACUGUUAACUCGUAUAUCAUUCAUACUCUCACGAAACUAUUACACUGUAUUUUGAAAUAAA